AGAGAACAAGCAGACAAGACCAGACUCUAGCAAUGGAACACUGGCAUGCAUCAGAAAUGUGAAUUGUAAAUGUGCAGGACUUUGGAGAACAGAAAGAACUGAGAGCAAAAUGAAGCCCAUUUUCUCCUUGUGUUUAUUGCUCCUUGGUUUGCAUACUGUUGCCCUGUGUCAUCAGCGUCCUCGCUACCGUAAAAAGCAGGGAGAUGCUAAAGGGACAUAUUAUCCAGAACAUAGUUCUCAGUGGGAAGAAGCUUCUCCACUUAAGAACAAAACCUUUGUCAAACUAGUUUCCAGCAAUGCUGACUUUGCCUUUUCCUUUUACAAUCUGGUCGCAUCUGAAGCAAUGGACAAAAACAUUUUCUUUUCACCCAUAAGUAUCUCUGCCUCCUUUGCAAUGCUGGCACUUGGUGCCAAGGCUGUGACACUGACACAGAUUUUGGAAGGGCUUGCCUUUAACCUGAAAAAGACCCAGGAGGAGGAAAUACAUGAAGGUUUUUGCCAACUCCUCCACAGCCUGAACCGUUCCGACAGUGAGUUCCAGCUGAGCCUGGGCAGUGCCCUUUUUAUAGAAGAGACACUAAAACCACUACAGAAGUUCUUGGAUGAUGUCAAAAGCUUUUAUGAAUCUGAAGUGUAUUCUACUGACUUUAACAACUCUGUUGGUGCUGAGAGUCAGAUCAACAGUUACAUUGAGGAAAAGACAAAUGGGAAAAUUGUUAAACUAGUGGAAAAUCUUGAUCCUCUGACUGCAAUGGUUCUCGUUAACUAUGUCUUCUUUAAAGCCCAUUGGGAGAAACCCUUCAGUACAGCACAGACAAAACAGGAGGAUUUUUUUGUGGAUCAGAAAACAUCUGUAAAAGUUGACAUGAUGUAUCGAAAGGGUUACUACAGAAAUUACUUUGAUGAAGAGCUGUCCUGUUGGCUGGUCCAGAUACCUUACAAUGGAAAUGUCGCAGCAUUAUUUGUUUUGCCUGAUGAAGGGAAGAUGAAGCAGGUAGAAGAUGCCCUCUUGAAAAAAACUGUAACUAAAUGGGAGAAGUCUCUCCAAGACAGAAAAAUACAUCUGCACAUUCCAAAAUUUUCUAUUUCUGGUACCUAUGAUGUGAAAAAUAUAGUUGAACAAAUGGGUAUGGUCAAUCUGUUUACUGAACAAGCUGAUCUCUCAAGGAUUACUGAGGAGCCCGGACUGAUGGUUUCAAAAGUGAUCCACAGAGCCAUGCUGAGAGUUCACGAGAACGGCACUGAGGCUGCCGGGGCCACCGUGAAGGAGGUCACCUGGAGAUCUGGGGACUUCCCUCGCCCACCUCGAGUCAGAUUCAACAGGCCAUUUCUCCUGAUGAUUCUGGAUAAGUUCACCCACACUGUCCUCUUCAUUGGGAAAAUUGUAAACCCUCAGAAAAAUGACUGAUUGACGAAAUUUAUGCACAUCACUGGCUAAUUCCCGUGAUCCAGUGAAACACUUAUGUAUGCAUACCACCCUGUGCUAGUGCUCAUCUUUCAACCCUUAUCCUUAGAAAACUUAUUAAUCCCUUAAAACACAAAAACUACUUUUCCUUGUCCAAAAGUCACUAGGAUUUCCCACAGCCUACCCCUGAAUAUAGCAUGUAGUGUUAGUGAAAUACAAGUCACUCUUUACCAGGUUUGUAAGAAGCCCUUUCUGACCUGCUCCUGUGGGGUAUUCAGUUGGUUUAAAGGCUCCAAUUAAUAUAGGUAUUGCUGUACAGUCACAGGGUGUGCAUGUGAAAGGAGAAACAGGAAAAAGAAGGUGCAGAUUUCUUUAAUAUCAGGGUGAAUUUUCAUUAACUUCUUUAGGUUUUGUAACCAAGUAUGGCAUGAAACUGAAGGAUCAGUGACUGAGACUUUGGAGGACACAACAAUGUAAAGGGCUGAUGAGUGCAGCUGUUUUAGCUUGCCUUCCUCUGUCUCCUUCUCAGCAAAAACCCUCCCAUGGAGACAAGAAGGCUGCUUUUGCUGUACAGAUAAUUUUAAUUCUACUGAGGAAAGAAUCCAUGGCAGAAAAAAUACUUCUGUUUUAUCCUACUAAUAUAAUGAUUGUUGCUAAUGCCUUGAGAUAAAAUGGAGAUGGAAUAGUCCAUGAUAUAGCACCAGUCUCCUUUUCAUAGAUUUGUUGUCGCUGUCAUUUCUUGUUUCUACUGAUGCCACCUUUGGUAUUCACUUUCCAGCUAGAUUUGACAGACUGUGGUAGAAAAAAUAGGAGGAAUAAAAAUUAUAACUCCAGAAAGGUUGCAUUUCCUCAGUAGGAACAGCAGAGCUUUCCUAGGGACUUGAUUUAAGCUAUCAUAAGCACACAUAAAAUUGCAGAAAAUAUUUCAGAAGUCACUUUUCUAAAUGUUAGCAGUGGAUUACUGUUAUAGAGUAAAAACAGACUGGGAAUUGAUAUUUGUACCUUUUCUUAACUUAAGGUUCCUUGAGUCCAACUAUACUAGAUAGUUGCAUGGUUAUGAGAGAAACAUACCUUUACUUAUUUUAAAGUUUUAAAUUAUCUUAUUAUCUUUUGCUUUAGUUUUUAAAUCAACAUCUUCAGCACAUUUUAUUAAAAUAUGGAAAUCCAAAGAAAGCGUGUAAAUUACAGAUGGAUUAAAUCUUUUUUUACAGAAUAUCUCAAACAGGUGGAAAAAAUAUAAAUGAUAUUUUACAUCUUAGUGUCUUAAGAUGUCUGUGAAGGAUGUAACAAAAACUGUGGUGAAUAUUUCUAAAGCACAAUUUUUUUUUUUUUGGUUUGUGGAUAUUUAUUCUCUUUCAUGUUAAAUCAGUGUCAUCAAUAUGUGUAAAUUGUAGCACAAGAAUACCAAUAAGCAAUAGAAAAAUUUAUGUCUAUCUGCAGACAGGUAACACUUGAUAUUCACUUUCAAAGUCCUCCUCAAAAUCACAUAAAUCAAUGACAAAAGUUUCUUACUCAUAACUGUAUUUAGUAUUGUUCCAUAUUUAGUAACGAGUAGUUGGCUUCAUGCCUCCAAACAUAGGGACUUGGUCUUGGUGUAGUACAGUUACAUUCAUUUUACAGAAGAUAGUUUAAAACUUCUUGCAAAAUCUCAGGGGUAAUUCAGGAUGAAUUGUCAAAGUCCAGAUUUGCAAUGACAAAUAACUCUGUAGGCAAAUAUCAAGAAAUAUGUUUGUUGUUCCUCAUGGACCUCAGAUCAAUAGUCUCUGUUUGUUAGUAGGAAAAAAAUAUCUAAAUGCUAUUUUGCCAAACACAUCUCACUUUGAGAAGUAACCUACCUCUUAAGUCAUUUGAAAUUGGAUAGAAAAAAAUGAAGCUGAUUUAAGAACUGGAUGACCAGAAACCACCUAACAUCUAGGUAACAUCCAUCUUCAGAUGGGUGUAAGAACCAUACACGUCUUGCCUUGGUUUUCUUUCUGUUUUGGCAAAAACAUGCCCCUCACUUCAAAUGUGCGGAAAAUUUGUUUAUUAAAUAACGAGCACAGAGGAAUUGCACAACCAAAAAUGUCAGUACUAAAGUUGUCACAAACCCACUGCAGUAAUGGUUUGAUCAGAAUGAUGUUCCUUUUUGUAGUCUGCUGGUUUUUUGCUUGUUUUUUCAUGGGUUUUUGUUUCUUGGUUGGCUCCCUGGCUGUGAGUACUAUGGCCAAGAAAUCUCAGAGUAACCAGGGAAGGGCUUUAAUCCAAGCUAGUUGAGGGUUGCUGCUGCUGUUGCAUGCAAAGGCUGUGAUGGGCCAAUGCAGGGGCAUUGCUGGAGGCUGGAGCUGCUGUGAGGAGCCACAUGAAGGACAAAGUGCAAAGGACAUCUCUAAUGCAGCCUGCACUGGUGUCCACACCCAGACGUGAUGUGGGAGUGCUUGCAACCAUGGACACGCGUGACCUGCAGCCUCAGCACUGCCUGUGCAGACCCUGAGGGAAAUCUGGGAUGGUAUGGAUCAAAGCAGUCUCUGUAGAGGCUGAAAGCAGUCUUCUCUUUUAGGUUAACAGCCACAGAAAAAGAAUUGCCAACAUGGCAGAAACUUUGGAACAGCACACACUGAGCAGCUCUCUGCAAUAAGGAAAAAAGGAAAACAAGCAGUGUGGAAAUAGCAGUAAACUGUAUUUGUUGUCAUAUUUAGGAACUACAAGUUCCUAAACAAAGACUGAAAAUGUAAAUGAAGAGCUCAGAAACCCAGGCUAAACCAUGGUGGAGAUGGAUUUAAGAGUUAUCUACAAAUUAUGUGAAGUUCAACAGACACUGGAGAAAAGCCAAAGGAAAUUUUGAGUAGUGUUAAAGACCAUAAAAAAAGGAACAAGCAAAAGUGGGAAACUGUAUAUUCUUGUGGGGCCAGAUAGAGAAAUAACAUGCUUGAUGUAUAAAAAAAAUUACAUAUUUCCAACAGCCAGUGGUUAGUGCCAGUGCACAGGUCUGUCAUUGUUCCCAGUGUUGUACAGAACCAGCUAGGGAGAAACUAAAAGCACAUAACAGAAGCAUCAGCCUUAAAUGUCAUGGGCUGAAAAGAAAUUACAUAUUCUUCUGGAAAGACCAACUAAUAUUCUGUUGAAUGCACAAAAUAAGGAUGGAACACCUGGAACAUCUCUCCUAUGAGGAAAUGCUGAGAGAAUUGGAAUUGUUCAGCCUGGAGAAAAGAAGGCUUUGGGGUUAGCUAACUGCAGCCUUGCAGCACCUGAAGAGAUCCUGCAGGAAAGAUGGAGAGGGACUUUUUACAAGGGCCUAGAGUAACACGACAAGGGGAAAUCACUUCAAAUGGAGAGUAGGUUAGAUAAGAUAUUAGGAUGGAAUUUUUUACUGUGAGGGUUGUAAGUCACUGAAACAAGUUGUCCAGAGAAGUGAUGGAUACCCCACCCCUGGUAGUGUCAAUGGUCUGGCUGGAUGGGGCCCUGAGAAAACCUGGUGUAGUGGAAAGUGUCCUUGCCCAUGGCAGGGGCUGGGAACUAGAUGAUCUUCAAGGUCCAUUCUAACCCAAAUCAUUCUAUGAUUCUAUGAUAUAAUGUAUUUAAUUUUGUCACACAAUUGUCACACAAUUAGUAAUUAACAGAUAUUCCUGGGAAAUACUAAGUGAAUUCCUCAGUUUUAAAGAACUUGAUUAUUAAUCAGGGCUGAAAAUGUUUCUAUUGCCAUCAGGAGCUUGGUGGCCGUGAAGUUGCUGUGGCCAAGAUCCUCAUAGCCAGCAUCCACCACCUGCUAAUCACAAUAACCUCUAGGCUCAGGAAAUCCCUGUGAUAGAUAUAUACCUCAAAGUAGUGCUCUUCCACAACCUUCAAAGAGCUUUGGUAACCUCAAAGGCCCCCUGCAUACUCCUGGCAUAUCAGAAUGAGUUACCAGCAGCAGAAUCACCUAAGCUCAGAGAUACCUGAGCAGAAGCCCAGGGCCCACAAGCUCCUGUGAGACAGUCUGAUGAGGAGAAAGCCAUAAUAUUAACCCCAUAGUUCUUCUAUAUAUUAGAUUCCUUACUUGUGUGUUUUCAUUUGACAAGGAGACAAAAAAAAUAAUCUGUGGUUAUUUGACUCCUGCGAAGGUCUGGAAAAGAGUUGUAUUUCUCUUCUUCAAAUGCAAUGUGUUUUGGUCAUUUUUGUUAUUUCAUCUGGAAAAAAGGGUUGGGAAGAAAUAGGUUUACAAAUCAAUCAGAAGUGGCUGUAUAAGCAAAGCAUGCUCUAGCUGAGGCUGUUGGCUUUCCAACCAAUUCUUCAGCUCUCUCAUUCCCCCUGAGUAGCUGACUUUGACAUUGCUUGUGAGACUUCUCCCGUUUAAAUGGACAUACAAGUGUUUGUUUUGUGUUAACUGAAAAGCACAUCUUGGACUUUUAUCACAACACCUUUAAAACCACUAGCCUGCAUUGAAAAAAGGAGGAAAAUUAAGUAAUCUUCCUCAGAAGAUUAUUUACAGCCUCCAGGAUUGUUUGUACAUUCUUAUUCAGUGCCUUAUGCCGUGUGAAGUGCAAGCAAUAAAAGAAACAGCAGAGAGGACAUCUUGGCUAAGGGGGCAUCUUGCAAGGGGUGUGAACAUAAGACAAGAGUUAUAUUAGAGCUCAUGUUACAGUUCCUUAAGGGUGAGUUAGAGGUGCUAAAGGACAUCACCUCUCUGCAAAGGAAGGACUGGGAAAAUAGCUGCUCUUGUGAAAUGGUGAGAAACAGAAAUAUUGUUGGAGGUUCUGUGAAGAAAAACAUGUAAUAUCUUGAAGAGCACUGUUCUUUCCCAAAUAAACAGCAGAGGUCCAUGGGGAGUACAUGUGAGGAAGAGGAGAAUUACCAAGACAGCCACAUUUUGCUGUGAGAAGCAGGGGCUUAAGUCAAGGUGCCUCUUGCAGCUGCCAUGACACAGGAAAGGAAGAAAACAAGAGCAUCCUGACAGUACUUUUGGGAUAAUUAACUCCUCUGCCAUGCAAUGUAGACUUCAAGUUCUUCUAAGGCUUGACUUAAUUAGCAGAUAUUAAAGUUUUUGGCAUAAAUAAGCCAGAAAGUGAUGCCAAUAGAAAUAGAAAAAAAGGAGAUUGUUGUAGGGGAGAAGAUUUAACAAUAAAAUUUUCACCUCCAUCAGUCAGAUGUUUAGUCACAGGGCACAGGCUCAGACCCAUCAAGUGCAGCUGCACUGCUGCUUCUCCCCUGCUCGGAGUUCAGAGUUUAUCUGGAUGUCAUGCUGGCCACACAGGGCCUUUAAGCCUUUAAAACUUGGAAACACUCAGAAUAAACAUUCAGCCCUUGUGUUAACUUUCCAUUCCAGUGUCAUUUUGUGACACUUUCAUUUGUAUAGUCGUUUAUGGACUUCAGAGCGUGAAUAAGGCUUUAGGCUUUUGACUCUCACAUGUCCUUGAGUCUUUGGUGCUGGCUUCCUGAACUUUCCCCCAAGGCAAGGUCAGUGUAGGAGCUGACAGCUGAUGUGACACAAGCACUUCUUGAUCAUUCUUCCUUAUUUUGGGAGUACAAGGGGCUCUCUCUGCACCAAGCCACGUAGCAUCUGCGGAGCACUGCAGCAGUUUCUUUCCUCAGGCAUUUAUAUCUGUUCUAACUGCUGGCAAUUUCUACCAUUAUCUGCUCAAAGACUGCUCCCUCUCCUUGAUUUUGUACAUCUUUUGUGGUAAGGUUAAACCCAGCCUCUAGUUUAGGCUCCAACUCAUUCAAUACACUGCUAUGAAUCAUAAGUGAAACUCAGACCUAUUCCAAUCUGAGAUGACUCACUUUUUGGCAGUUUUGGGAUAGAAUAACAUGGGGAUUUCUUAAAGAAAUAAUUCAGUUUCUUUACUAAAAAGAAAUUAAGAAAAAGAUGAGUCAAAAAACACAGCUGGGGUAAACACACAAUUUUACUUCUUAUUUCUUUUCUAUACUUGUAUUGCUGUGCAGAUGAAGAUAUACAUCUUUCUUUAAUUCAACGCAGAAAAAUUAAAAGAGCAAGUUAGUUCAGAGGCAGUACGAACAGUCAGAUAGAUCUUCUAUUCCUAUAUUUAAAAGCCAAAUCUAUGUUUAUCUAGUUAUUUUUUCUUACUGACAUUGAUUCUCAAAAUGUUUUUCACUUGAUCCCCAAGAAGGCCAGCUCCAUUUUCUUUCCAGGGCACUCCAGUUGGAUGUGACAUGUCUGCUUUGGAUGGAGGUGGAAUUUGGGUGAGGGAAGAUGAUGAAAGGUCAAGAGAAGUUUAGGGGGAAAACAGCCUCUCAAAAAACUUCAGUAUUCACGGAGCCUGGCACCACUGAACUGACCACUGAGGUCUAAGUCUUGUAACUCAUUUUUGUGGGAAAAAUGAGGAAUUAUUUUUGGCACUCUGUGGAAUUUUGGGUGUCCCAAUCUUUCUUUAGAAACUACUUCAAAGAUAUUAACUAAAACAUCCUUUUUUUUUCCUCCUUAUUUUCACUCUGAUCUUUGAGUUCAUAGAUCUGAACUAGCAUAAAAUUAACCUCUGUAACAAAUAUUGAUGGCUUUCUGUGCAGUGGUGAGAAAUUUUUGUUAUGCUUUCUCACUCAGAUGUUAAUUCCCUUCCUCCCUAUCUUGUAAAUGACAGCCAGCAAAUAAAAUAUACUGUGUGAUUGGGUUUCAAUCCCAUAAACUAAUUGAUCAUUCCACAGAA